AUGACUGAAAACUCAUCAUCUAAGAGUGAGUUAAAGAAGUUAUCCGAGGAGAGUCUCACGCGGCAACCUGAAGAGGUGUUUGAUAUCAUUUGUAAGCUUGGAGAAGGUUCCUAUGGAAGUGUCUAUAAGGCCUUACACAAGGAGAGUGAGCAAGUCCUGGCGAUCAAGCAGGUGCCAGUCGACACGGACCUGCAGGAGAUCAUAAAGGAGAUCUCGAUUAUGCAGCAGUGCGACAGCCCCUACGUAGUUAAAUAUUAUGGCAGUUAUUUUAAGAACACAGACUUAUGGAUUGUUAUGGAGUACUGCGGAGCGGGUUCCGUAUCAGACAUAAUGAGGUUGAGAAAGAAGACUCUAUCGGAGGACGAAAUAGCGACAAUUCUAUGCGAUACGUUGAAGGGUUUGGAGUAUUUGCACAGGCGGAGAAAGAUUCACAGAGACAUAAAGGCGGGGAAUAUACUUCUCAACAUGGAGGGACAUGCAAAGCUCGCUGACUUUGGUGUGGCUGGACAGUUGACGGAUACAAUGGCGAAACGGAAUACGGUUAUAGGCACACCGUUCUGGAUGGCGCCUGAAGUGAUACAAGAGAUUGGGUACGACUGCGUUGCGGAUAUCUGGUCUCUAGGAAUCACGGCGUUGGAGAUGGCUGAAGGGAAGCCGCCAUAUGGAGACAUUCACCCCAUGAGAGCGAUAUUCAUGAUACCCACCAAGCCACCGCCUUCUUUCAGAGAGCCUGAUCAAUGGUCUUCUGAGUUCAUAGAUUUUGUUAGUCAGUGCCUUGUUAAGAAUCCCGAAGAGAGAGCGACCGCUGAAUAUUUAUUGACGCAUGAGUUUAUAGGUAACGCAAAGCAGCCGCAUAUCUUGAGUCAAAUGAUAGCGGAAGCUGGUGAAAUCCGCGAGAGUCAAGCGUACAGGAACGCCAUGAAUGCCAGCAAUGCGAAAGCGUUUGCCGCUGGCGGAGGCUGUCAAGUUGGCAACGAUUCAUACAAUUCGGACACAAUGAAACAAGCGAGUGGUACCUUGGUCCCGGCGCGAGAUGGCUCCGGCGAGCUCGCGGCAGGUCUAGCUACUAUGGUCAUUAAUGAACAAGAUCUUGCUACUAUGAAACGCCACGACACAGACCCAAUGGACACGAACAAACCGAAAUAUCGGCCAUUGUUCCUAGAGCAUUUCGAGAAGAAGGAAGUGAAUCAUCUUAACAUUGGUACUACAGCGAACGGGACACUCACUUCACACUUGAGAAUGCCUGACAGCGAUCCUAUAAGUACACAAGUAGCUGAGGUAUGCGGUGCGGCAAGUGUGGGCGCGCUGAUCGAAUCUGGCAACUUCGAAUUCCUAUCAUACCUGUCGGAAUGCGAGCUGGAGGCGCUCCAAGCACGGCUGGACGUGGAGAUGGAGGCCGAAAUCGAGCGGCUGCAUGCGCUCUACGAGCGCAAGCGACGCCCAAUCCUAGAUGCUAUCUCGCUCAAACGCAAGCGCCAGCAGAACUUCUAG